UAUUUCCGGGAUUUGAAGUUAGCUGAAGUUGCUUAUAGACCAGUCAACUUAGUACAAACUGUACUGCACCUUCCUUUAGACUGAUUUUUAAAAUAGAUUCGAACUUGGAAAAUGGCUGCAAAUGGGUGUAUGCAGUCAUAAGAAAUUACCGACGAGUAUGUAUCACUGCGCGCGGUGCACUUCCCUCUGCUUCUCUUUCUUGUGUUCUGUGCUGUAUUUUUCCAUGACCUAACCUCAAAUAUCCACCACUCAAAAGAAGAUGUAGGAAAACAAUAAUAGUUGUAUUUUCUUAAGUUUUACAGCAAUGGCUUUAUCUGUGGACCAAUGCGACGCAUUAUUAAACAUUUUAGAUUUGCAAAGUGUUCGCAACUUCACUCUGGAGGCUUUGUGCAAUGAUAUACACAAGAAAUUUGAAGCUCGCGACUUUUUCAAGGUGGGAACAUGCAUAGUGAUGUUACUUCAAAACAACCUACUUCCUGAACCUGAGCAAAGGCUUGUAGCAUUCACUUUACUGUAUGAGCUUUAUCGAGGUGAACCACUUGCCAAUACUCCAUUUGCCAGUGUUUUUAUACAUUUACUCCAUCCCCCUGAACAUCAGAGCAAUGUUGGUGCUCCAAAACUGGAAUACCCUGGCCAACUACCAAGGUUGUUUCCUCAAGAAAAGCAUUUCUUAACACAGUUGAUGUCAGAUGUAUCUAAGGACUCCUUUAUGAAAAAAACUGCUGUGCAAGUCAUAAAUGCUGAUCCUCCACAACACUCACCAACAGAUUUCUCAAUGAUCCAAUUGUUAUUAGCUGAAAAACAAUCUGAAUUACCCCAGACAUGCAAAACUGGUAUACCUGUUAUAGUGUCACUGCCAGAAAAAGGUUCUAACAGCUAUACUACAGAUGCAGGAUCAGAUGAUGCACUAAUAAAAAAAUUAGCUACUGGUGAUGAUGCACCAAUGAACAAGGUAUACAAGCCAGAAUUUGUGACGUUAGCCCCACCUCUACUAAACUGUCAAGAUGAGCUGGUUUGGCUGAACCCAACAACACCCAAAGAACACUACCCCGUGUAUGAUUCAAGCAUGUGUGUCCCGGAUAUUGCAGGCUAUGAAGCUAGACAGUUGAUGAACAAAGCCUACAAAUCUGCACUGUCUAUUCCACAGCAACAACAGCUGUUGACUGAGCUUGAGAAUGACUCUAAACUGGUGUACCAUAUUGGCUUGACUCCAUCUAAACUUCCUGACCUAGUAGAGAAUAACCCACUGAUAGCAAUUGAGGUUCUACUGAAACUAAUGCAAUCAAAGCAAAUAACGGAAUACUUCAGUGUGCUUGUAAACAUGGAAAUGUCUUUACAUUCGAUGGAAGUCGUCAACAGACUGACAACAACUGUUGACCUCCCCACCGAGUUCGUACACCUGUAUAUUUCCAACUGUAUUUCCACAUGUGAAACUAUCAAAGACAGAUAUAUGCAAAAUAGGCUUGUACGGCUGGUGUGUGUCUUCCUGCAGUCAUUGAUCAGAAAUAAAAUCAUUAACGUACAGGAGCUGUUUAUCGAGGUACAAGCAUUUUGCAUAGAAUUCAGCAGAAUCCGUGAGGCUGCAGCAUUGUUUCGUCUUUUAAAGCAACUCGAAUCUGGGGAAUUGGGUCUGGUUUCAUCGCCACCAUUACCUAAAACGUAAACUAGAUGGAUAAUAGGAAUGACAUAUUUUUUCAUAAAUGCUGACAAAGAUUACAAUUAUUGUACUAGUGUUUACCGAUUUAUUUUAAUAAAUGUGAUAUUUGUAUUCA